CUGUAAUCCAAAAUGGUCAAUUGUGGGAAAUGUUCUUAUUAGUUUACCUUCCGCGUAUGCGGUUAUGCACACUCGCAAACACACUCAUGAAAUUUCAUUCGCACGCUUCCAAUUGUGAUAUCCGCAGAUCGCAUAAAAUUCCAUGUCCAGGAAUCAAGUUUCAUCUCCUUCUGAUCCAUAAUAUUAUCCUGUUUUUUCUUCUUUAUCUUCAGUUUUCUCCCCCUGUUUCAGCCAUCAGGAAGGGCGUGAGUCUUCGGGACAGGCGUUACUGUAGAACCACAGUUCAAGGAAGAUUCCUUAUCAGUGAUGAUAAUGGUAAUAUGAUUGCUCUAGUAUCUAUCUCAAUCUGCAGAGGCUGCAAUAUUGUUUCUCAGUGCUGUAACUCAUAUGAGUAUUGCGUUUCUUGCUGCUUGAAUCCAGUAAUGAGUCUAUUUGUUCGACAGACUCUUAAAGAAUUGGCUUUAAAGGUCAAAAUAGCAAAACCUGUGACUGCUGGAAACUACGAAAGUGUUUUUGACUUUUGUGCUGGGAGAUGUCGGCAUAAUUCUGCGAGCGUGGUUCAUGAAAAUGCAUAUCAAAGUGAAUAUCACCAUUGUUUUUCCAUACCUUCUAAUUUCUCAGGUUCUCAGAAACUAGAAGACGUUGUGCUUAAGGGUAUUUCAAUGACAGGAUCUUCUGGUACACAACUCGAAUCAAGACUGAUGACAUCUAGUACACAACUCGAAUCAAGACUGGCUGGCAUCAAUAUCAUUAUUGGGAGACAGGGGGAAUCAUGUGACAUAGUGUGCAAAUCUGAUGGUCAAUCUUGUGUGCCCAACAAGCUUUCAUUACUCAAUCAGUGUGAAGUUAUCCAAAAAUAUAUGAAAUGCAAAGGUGCCUGUUUGUCGAGUAUUGGAGCUGACCAACCAGCUGAAGUGGUCGACGAUGCCCCAAGACAUUUGCUUAAAGAUCUUGGAAUAAGCAUUUCCUGCAGCAGCAUAACCCAGGUGCUUGCUUGUACACUACAACAGAAUCUAUCCUUUCCUGUGAUGGCUCACACAGUCAUACAAGGAGGCUCUGUCCAUGUGCAUAACUGAGUCUUAGAAGUUUGCUCAUUUGUCCGAGUGGAUGCUUUGGAAUUCUGACACAGGAAUUCUCUUCUAGAUUGUUUAGUCAAAUAUACGAUACGAACCGCAAAAUGGUUUUAUGAUUUAUGAUUUUGUAAACUGUAAGUACUUACGUUAUAGUUUGUUCGGUUAACUGAAUGUAAAGACGGUGAUCAGAGAUAGAGCAAUCGGGUUUUCCCAUACGUAAACCAAUCGUCAAUUUAUAAUAUCUUUUCUUUUUUAAAUAUAUAUUUUAAUC